AUGGGCGACCCCCGAGUUGAAGAAGCCAUAGCUUCCGGCCGUUUGCCGCCGCGAGUCACCCGCGAGGAACUUGAAAUGAGCCAAGACGUGGCGGGCAUCGUCAGCAUCUCUGUCGUCACAGCCCUGGCCACCUUGGUCGUCAUCUGCAGACUGCUCUCGCGGAGGUUCAUCAUCAAGCGCUUCGGCUUCGGCCUAGACGACGGAAUAGCGCUGGCGUCGCUGGUCGUCUUUAUUCCCUUUGCGGCCCUUUGUAUAGAACUCAUCAACCUGGGCACCGGAAGAAGCAUCGCCUUUGUCCGUUUCGCCAUCGACGACGCCACGUGGGUGAGACAGCAGAUUUUCGACUCGAUUGCGCACUUGGUCUACGCCACUGCCCUCGUCCUCUGCCGCAUAUCGGGCCUCGCCUUCUACUACCGUAUCUGCGCGCUGCACAAGGGGUUUCUCGUCGCCAUCCGGAUAAUAUUCGCCGUCUUGGUCAUCGAUCUUGGAGAUGCCGCGGAAGCAAAGGUUCAACUGGCCUGCAUCCUCUUGCCAGGCAUUGCCGUCGUUGGCAUCUCCGUCAGUCGAAUUGUCUUCGUGAUUGGCUUUGCCUACCAAACUCCCGAUACUUUUGAUUUUGCCUUUCUAAGGUUGCUCGUCGUCGAAGUCUCCGAGAUCGGCGCGACGCUCAUUGCCCUGUCGAUCCCGGGCGUCAAGCCCAUGGUGGACAAGUUUAUCCUCCGAAAGGACAUUUGCUCCAAGUUUGGUGGAUCCAGGACGGUCAGGACCUGCUCCAACAGGGGCAGCAUCGGGUCCCAGAGCUCAAGCCUGAGCAUCUUGAAGGGCCGCUCGCAUUCCAGCGUCUUCGACGACGACAGCACCGCGCAACACGGAGCGGCCGUGUGCCGGGGCGAGCUGAACGAAGACGUCAAGCAGGAGGGCAUUCAAGUGACGGUGGACAUCUAUGUCGAAGGCGCACAAAGCUAG